GUUCCAUUGAUUACGUACGGCGUACGGACGUGCGUACGAGCCGGUGCGGAUAUUUGUACAUACAUGUAGUCGUCAUUUGAUGGUGGUUUGUGGUAAUUUUAUAACGUUUGUACCCGUUUUUCACAUUCAUAUUUCGAGCUAUGUUAGCCAAAAUGCCGGAGGAGAAGGAGGAGAAUACUGAGACCUUCCUGGAUGCUCUAAAUGCAUUUGAACGGAAACCAUCGCGUGAGAUUCCAUCUGAGCUUGAACAACUACUGUGCAGAAUAGCUCGCAAUGGAGAACCACUAUUUCCUUGGAGUAAGCUCAAGCCCCUCGUUGUCACCAAACUAGAGAACGUAAUCCAAGAGUACAUCCAGUCCAACCCAUGUGAAGAGGUGCCCAUGUUGCCCAACGUAGAGAACGUCAAGUUUGAUGAUAUGAGGGAACGUUUACUACGUGCACUCAACGCAUUCAAUAGUGCGCCAUUCACCAUGCAACGUCUGUGUGAAUUGCUAACACAUCCAAAGCGUUACUACCAGAGAAGCGACAAGUUCAUGCGAGGAGUUGAAAAGAACGUACAGGUUGUGAGCACAGUAACGCCGACCGGAAAGCGCAUCACCCAUUCCUGCGAGGUUCGAAACCGCAACCUUAUGGUGAACGGUGUCCUGUCCGAUAUCCACACGCAAACAAGUACUCCCUCUAGUGACUCCCAGGCGUCGGGUGAUGUUACCCCCUCAGACGAGGCGACCCACACCAACGGAGCUGAAGCCACUGCUACCCCGCCGCUCGGCGAUGCGGUUACGCCCGCCCAGGAGCAGACCGUCGAUUCCACGAGGCAAAACGCCGAGGGUACGACAUCGGAACUUGAAAUGGAUCAAAGCAAUGAAAGAACUACCAGCGGUGAUAAUGAGUCACCACCGACUGAUAGUGAUAGUCAGGAAAGCGCAGCGUCGACGACCAAUAAUGAAGCUGAGGCGUGUAAACCAACGGAAGCGUCAGAUCCUCCAGCUUCAGGAGAUUCGGAUGACAGUGACGGAAACAAGGGUGACGGUGAUCAGGAUAGUUGUUCCUCGAUGGACAGUGCAGACAGCGGCGACAGCUCACCAGAUUCAGCCUUACCCCCUCGCUCUGGAUACUUUGAUACCUCACCUCCAAAGGACAACAAUGCUGCAACCGAUCCAUCGCCAGACCCAAAAGUUACAGAGCCUGAGCUAGUAAAGUCUUCUACUGACAUGGAAGAAACACAAACUGCAGAUGAAUCAAGCUCAGAAGCCACCUCAGCCCCCCAACCAGACCAACCAGACCAAAGUCAUUCCAGUAUUACCCCUCCACCGCCAGAAGAACAGGCCUCCUCAUUGGCUGCCACAGACACUACAGACACAACGGACCAAUCAGAAGAAGUCAAAGAGCCAUCAGACAAAGUAGAACCCUCAGUGGAGGAACCGGCCAAUCAGCCAGAGGCCUCAACAGAGGAGAUUAGCCAAUCAGGAAACUCGUCAGAAGAGACCACUGUCACAGUACAGGCAGAAGUGCCCAUGGAUCAGGAAUGAACUUAAAUUUGUAUUUAUUUUUUCCCCGAAAAAAAAAGGACACAAUUUCAGAAUGGAGAUGCAUCAAGGAUCGGAAUCUCAAAAAGGUUGCUGCCUAAAAAAGAAGUGAUUCCAUGCAGAGCUGAUAAGGUUAUCCUGUACAAAAUUGUGCCAUAAAGCACCGAGGUUUAAAUGUUUGGAUACAGUAAGUACUUGCACUUUGUGCAUCUCUAUUUGUGUCAAUCACUUCACAAAAUUCCACUCAGGGCAUAUACACGUACAUGUAACUUGGACGGUCCCAAAACUACCUUGCAACUAAAGGCAGCUGCGUUUGCUUCAUACUUAUGAUCACUGCCACGCCAAGGUGCCAGUUGCAUUUACAUGGAACCUUAGUCUGCCUGUGUUUAUGGCUAAAACAACGGCCUUGUUUAAUAUCCCAACCACACUUCAUAACACCUGCUUGGUCUCUAGUCAACCCUGAUUCAUUUGUGGACCAGCUUUGCUUCACCACAUAUCAACAUGAUUCACUUUACACACCGUUGAAUUUCAACGUGGUUCACAGGUUAUUUGGGAUUUUCCUUCCAGGGGGAACUUUCCCUAGUCCAGUCGAGGGUAGUUCCGAUAGUUCCGGCUGUGCAUCGGCAUCGGGUACCCGAGUACCCGACCGCUGAUGUCAGGAACCGGUUCCAGAUUAUGGAAUUGAGUACCCGUAACCAACUUUACAUAUUACUAAGUAACUUCUCAGACAAUGAAAAAGAAAGGUUUGGAAUGUCAUUUAUGUGGAGAAUUUUGGAAAUGAAAACCAAGCUACACGGAAAAACAAUAGAUUCACGUUUAGGACACUUACGAAAAUGCAAUUGACACCGCAAAGCUACGUGAAUUGAGCUCCAUGUACCCACUUGCAUCUUGCUGUAUUGACGCAACGAUGUGGUAGUGUUAUCUUGCAGACCUUUGUAAACAAUCUGAACAGCAACUUCCGAGAUUAAAAUUUUGGGUUUGGUUUCUUUAACGGGUACCCAGGUUCCUGUGGGUUUUUUUCAAUCGAUAAUCCGAUUCCUGUACUACUCAUAAAUGCACACCCAUAAGGUAAAUACAAAAGAAGGAUGAUAUAUGACUGAAAACUUCAAAGUUGCUGUUUGACACUAAUCGAUUGCAAAAUGUUGAAUAGUGCAACAGAAUCUGAUGUUAAAUGGGAAUUGGUAAACUCCUACAAAAACCUUCCACUUGCUGAAUAUUGACUUGUUUUUGUUUUCCUGAGGGAAUUCCAGUGUUAAUACAGCAAAAACUCUUUGUUUUUUGGCAGACGACAAACGCUCUGUAAAUGUGCCCUCGGGUCGGCCUGCGAUUUGCUUGUGCCGCAGUGGAACUGUCGGCAUCAAGCAGAAAAGUAAUGCUCGGGUCACAAACUUGAGAAAUCGUGUAAUUCUCAUGGAAUAAUUGUGCUUAUAUAGCGCUUUCCAUCGUUACUCAAUAAUCUCAAAGCACUUUACAAUUAUUACCCCGUUCAUCAGGCCAUGGGAUCACGCGGCAGCCGAUAUCAGCGCUCAAUCGGUCCUCGACCCUCACAGGUACCCUCCUGGGUGGAGAGAGGCAAUUGUAGUUAAGUGUCUUGCCCAAGGGCACAAACACCACGUUCCUGGCAGGGUUCGAACCCACGCACCUUCGUACAUGAGUCAAACACCAUAACCACUGGACCAUGGAGAACAAGCAGCAUCUCGACACAAAAUAAUCACAACCAUGCUCAUGUCGCCCACGACGAUUCCACGCCAUAGACGAUCAUGUGACUCUCUAACAAUAGUGGUUAAAGCAUGUAACAAUCAAAUGGCCUUCCAUGGUCACAUCUGUUCAUUUGGCUGUUUUUGACGCACUCUGAUUGGCUACACAAUGAAAUAAGAUCUUGAUGCGCACACGACACCGUAACUUCACACAGGUCGACUGCGAUUGAUUCCCGCCUAUCGGGAACACGUCGCAGCAGUCAUAAUUGUUCUACUCUUGUGACCGUUGAUGCUUUUUUUUAGCGCCGACUGAUGCCGUUCGUCGUCGUUACACUCAGUUCAAAAAUAAAAUUGGCUACUAAUUUGUUCCGGACAGUCGUAUCGCAGGCGUCUCUUGAUCCUGAAAAGUCAGUCGCCCACUGUUCUGUGUCGUCACAAAGUCAACUUGAGGGCGGCUUAACUGUCAAAAUAGACAUCUAUAAAACCAAUGAUGUUUUGACCAUUCGCAGCCUUGAUGACAUUUACAAAUAUCCAACAAAAGUUGAACAAAUUUUCAUGGACGUAACAUGACGCUUACAGCCAGAAUAUGAUGUGAGGCAUUGGAAAGGCACAAGUGUUGUUGCCCAUUGUGUGCAGUGAAGCUUAAACGGAUCAGUUAGUUUUCUUUUUAGCACACAGUAUUCACGUCUGUAUAAAAAAAAUCACAUGUAAAUCUUUGUAGAUUUAUCGAUUUGUUGUCGUCUGGGUUAGCUGUAUAUGUUGCUUUCUCAGUGUCAAUGGUGAUUUCAAAUUUCCCAGUCAUGUUACAGGUUGUUUGUGAGGCAUAAGUUUUAUGCAUUUUAUUUUGAAGAAAAAAAACCAAGAGUUGUGGAAACAUGUGUUUUGACGUUGUUGACUAAUUGAGCUCACUAAAUUUGUUUUCUCCUUGUUGAAUUUAUGUGAAUUGUGCUCGAAUAGAACGCAAAGUGUGACCGUUCAGUUAAGGAGAAUCUGUUUUGUGUAACAAAGCUUAGGGCCUUGUGUACCAUACUUCCACUGUAAUUUAUCUGUAAAUAAUUAGAACGGCAUUUGUAACCAAAACGGGGAAGGAAAAUGUAAUGCUAGACAGAUUAUUGUAAUUCUGCCUAAAAAGGGUGCUUUUAUGUGAAGUCAUAGACAUAUUUUAAUCAGUAAAUAAGAAUUAUUUUGCCAUAGUGAGAUAAGUAGUUGUGCUCAAAGUCCAUGGUACGCAAAGCGCACUGCUCUCGUGAAAUGUAAAUGUCUGAAAUUCAUUCUUGAUUCUGCCAUGUAAAUUGUAUGCAUAGUACUUUUGUUAAGAGCUGUUUGAUGUAUCAAGGGCAUUGUCCUUUUGACGGCAAGUUACCGAAAAUUGUUAAAUCCCUUGAGUUAGAAGGCCCAUGUGGUCGCUGGAGUGUGUACCUUAGAAUGAAGAUUGACUGGCAAAUAACUGAAUUCACUGAGUUUUGGUAACGCUGAGGUGGGUUGACUUUAAAAAUGUUUCCGCCAUCGUCAACUUUAUCUCCCCCACCCCCAACUAACCCUUCCCCCACUCACUGAAAAUUACCCUCAGGCAUUGAAUCGGAGAUUAUCCGUUUUUUAAUAAUGGAAGAAGUCACAUUUUUCUUUUCUUUUUUCUUGGAUAGCCAGCUCCAUAUACUGAACAUGGAUGAAUGAUGUUUAGGUGAUAGCUUAAUGAAAAUCAGUGCCAUACAAGUUGAACCAUGUGUGAAAUUUAAUCCCUGUGUUUCAUUUUUGGUGACGCAGUAAGGAAAAUACUGGUGACUGGAAGAUGGACAUCAUGUCGGCCAUGAUGUGUAUACAUGUACCUUGCAAAAAAAAUCGCUAUGAACAUUGCUCUUUUCGGUCAUGUGAUACCGGUGGUCAGAAGCUGAUAGCCUAGUGGCACAUCUGAAAGUUCCACAUCUAAAAGGAUGUACUUGCUCUGUUUUAAGACUGAACUGUUUCUUUGAAUUUUUAAUGUCAAAAUAGCACGUUCUUAAUUACACUUUGCAAAGUUCAACAACGAAAUGCCGUGCCAAAUUUUUUAUAGGAAAAUCACCCCCCCCCCCCUUUAUUCCGAUGAAACACCCCCCCCCCCCUUUUUUAUUUCUAGCAUAUAACUCAGGUUUACAGCAUCACAAAAGAAGGGGCUAGAUACUAGAGCUAAACCUCAUCCCUUCCCCUCAGUAUUUUUCACUUCAAGAAGUAACAUACUUUUCCGCAUUAACCAAAAACCAGCUCUUUCAAUGACAUUUUGGUAACUUUUUUUUUUCAACUUUCUGGAAUUUUGAUGGGAUUGCAGAAGCUGUUAGAAUGUAUUUCUUGUAUGUGUGUAAUGGCAUCAGAUCACCAACACCAAUGUGCAGUGCAUAUAAACUUGACCUGGCAAAAACAGCCCAUCAAGUUAGAUUUGUAAUAUUUUAUGUCCGGUUUUCAAGCAAAAUGUUUUGACCUCUGUGUGAAUCUGUACGCUACCUCCUGUCGAAUUGCUAGCGGUCAAUGUGUGCACAUGUAAAGUCCAAGUUUAAUUUGGCAAAACGGUUGAGUCGUAUGACCAAAUUGUAUCUAUUUAUUGUACAGGCGAUUUUGCUGAAGAACAGAAUUUUACCGAAUUAUUUUGAGAAAAAAAAGGGUGGCACCUUGAUUCGCUUCAAAAGGUCAAGAUGAUUAUUUGGGAGGUCUGUUUUAAGUUUAAAAAAUGUCGAAAAUAUAUUAGAUGAGGUAAAGCCUUGAGUAAAAUGGGUGCAAGGCUUUUUAUUCAGUAUUUAAUGCGAAGUAGUUGUUGAUUUGUUUUUAUAGUGUAAUUGUUUAGAUGAUUAAAGGAAGAAACUGUGUUUGUAGGAAAGAUAAA